UGCAGGACGAGGUGCUGACGAUAUCGGAGAAGGUGGUGGUGCGCGUUCACGAUCUCGUCACGUGGUUGUCGCCAACAUUGGAAUGGUCGUGGGGUCGCGAAGUAUCUUAUCCAUCGUCGCCGUCGUCGUCUCCGGAGAACAGCCCGUUGAGGUACGAGAUGCCUCAGCCCCAGGUGCUCACCGAUCCUGGCAUCGAUUUCUCCGACGUCGACAAACAACAGAAGGAGUACGAAAGCAAUCACAACACGAGGAAGACGGACUGUAUUUCCCAAACGAAGGUGGUGGUGCUCUCGUACCCCAGGUACUGUCGAUAUCGGGCGCUAUUGCGUAGGCUCGAAGGCACCGAACCGUCCUGGCUUUGCUCGUCCAUAGCAGCCGCAUUGGGUGGAUUCACCACCACACCGGGUACUAGGAUACUCUUUUGCAGAGACACCUUCGACUACCCGGAUCUUGAAACUCACGAGCUCCUCUGUAAUCACCUAGCGCCAAAAUUGAAAGGAAGGCCGCGGAGGAAGCGUAAAAAGCGUAGCGCGUCGCCUGGCGAGUCGAGCAACGAGAGCGAAGCCUCCGUCGCGUCUACCUCGAAGAGUGCUCCGGCGAGUUCGAACGUGGUGGUACCGAGCGUCGGGAGGCCACCGUCGUCGGUUGUACGGCGAAGCGAACGGAAGACCAGCGCCGAGGAAAAGAAAUUCCUGACGGAUGUGCAGAAUUUCAUGAACUCGCGGGGUACGCCUGUCGGAAAGAUGCCACUGCUGGGCUACAGGCAGAGUCAGUAUCUGUUCGAUCUCUUCCUGUUUUAUACGAAAGUGCAAAUGCUCGGUGGCUACGACUCCGUCAGCGCUGGUCGACUAUGGAAAAAUAUCUACGACGACAUAGGUGGUAACACGGGAUCUACCAGCGCUGCGACCAUCACUCGACGACAUUACGAGAGAUUGCUGUUACCGUACGAGAGGUAUCAAAGAGGAGAGGAAGCAAAAGUUAGACUGACACACGGAAGACGAAGCAAGAGUAGCAGCGUGUCCGAAGAAUCCGAGGAUAUUAAGCAAGAAACAAACGAUUCGUAUCCAUCGGAAACGCCUCCCCCUAUAGAAACAAGUCUUACCGCUACAACUCCUCCUCUCCAAUCAAUUGUAUCGACAGCACCGUUCCUCUCGAGCGAAAAACCGAAAUCGGAGACCGGCGGCAAGACAUCAUCUCUGCGUAGCGUGAGAGUGAAACAAGAACGCCUGAAGUCAUUGAACACCAUGAUCGCCAAUAGUACGUCAUCGCCCAGCCAGCAAACCAGCCAACUACCGAGUCCACCACCUUCUUCUAACACGUCAAUAUCAACGCCAAGUAGUACACCCUCUACCACACCGACGAGCGGUACCGGAAGUCAAAGCGUGUUAGAGAGGCAGCUGAACAGUCCCCUGAUAUCGCAACAAGUUCCACCGUCGUGUUCACCGCCGGGUCUUCCGGUAACUACCGUGGUAACGAAUGCUUCUACGGUGGUGACGUUAACGCCACCGCCGGAGAAGGAUAUGAAAGAAAUCAAACUAGAUCCUAAACAAACCACCCUGCUGGCACAGGGUAAAGAGAACAUACCGUUAUUUGGUGAAAAGUCAAUCUUCGCGGAGAAGGCGAUAGUGCCUCCUAGGUCGCCAGAGGUGAUCGACCUUGAAACAGAGAGCGACACCAGUAGGGAUAAGAUAAUCAUUCCCAGUUUUAAGAAGCGCAAGCUCGAAAUACUUCGCGAGGGAGGUCUUGAAGUCACUGCCGUUGACCUGGACACGCGACCAAGUGUAAUUCAGAGUAAUCCUCCUGCGCCAGCUACUAUGAAAUCCGAGGAGAAACCGCCAAUAUCGUAUCCACUUCCAGUCACACCUAAUUCCAUUCCUAAGUUAAUUUCCGUUACCGUAACGCCGGACAUCGGCCACAUGUUGUCGUCUCCUCAAGAGCAUCAGCAUCAUCAUCAGCACCAUCACCAUCUUCAUCAUCAUCAUCAUCAACAUCAUCAGCAUCAAGCACGGUUGCAAACGCCGGCCAAGCAACAUCCGGCUCAUCAUAACAACAAUAACAAUAUCACGAUGAAUAAUAACAACAUGGUGAACAGCCGCGUAAUAAAUCUCGGUACUUCAAAUAACGCCGCGUUGUUACAAUUGUACGCGAACGCCAACGUCCCGCCACCGGCCUCGUCCGGGCUACAUCAUCAAGCAAAUCAUCGUUUCGUACCGCCAACUGUUCCUAACGGUAGGAUAUUUCCGCCCAAGGUGACACAGUCGAGGUCGAUAUUCGCACACAACGAAAAAACGGUUUAUGGCGAUCCGAAAGAGAUUCCUAUCCCUCCAAAGUAUCGUCCCACGCUGCACCGUUUGCAGCCGCAUCAGAUACACAGUAACAAUGAUCCCGUGUACGGCGGGGUCCUCGAUUUGACGCAAAAAUCAAGCAAGCCAGCGUUCCCGAGGCCGAGCUUGGAAAUAGUGAAAGUACCUGUAGUGCCGAGGCCUAAUCCACUGAACCUGGAGAUGAGGAACUCGUCCACAAUCAAAGAGAAACCACAGGAUUGUUCGAAACGAAAUACCUUCCCUGGUUACCAGAACGUGCUCGACAGUCGAACAAUGGCUUCGAACAACCUAGAGAUCACGAUCGUAAACCCUAAGCAAAAGAAUAAUCACCUGAGCACGUCGGCGCACGUUCGCGCACCGAGCCCGCCGAGGAAUAGCACGAUACCCGUUCAAAGAAGGCAACAGCUGAACGGCAAGUAUACGACGAGGAGCGAACCAGUGUCACCGUACACACCUAGGAAGCCGAGUCAUCCUGUUAUACCGAACGUACCUAAUCUGAAUCACCUGAAUAGUGGAAGUUAUCCUAGAAUGGCAACGAUUCAACAACAGAACACGAUCGACAGGAGAAAAAACAUGGACAUGAGCGGUGGUAAGGAGCAACAUCCGCACCAGCAUCAUCCUCCGCAUCAACAUCACCAUCAUCAUCAGCAGCAUCAACAUAUACACCAACAACAGCAUCAACAACAGCAACAGCGUCGAAUCAGCGAGGGCGAUAAAUCGUUGAUCGCUCAACAACAACAACAACAACAGCAGCAGCAGCAACAGCAGCAGCAGCAGCAGCAGCAGCAACAUCAGCAGCAACAGGAACCGAGGCAAACCGAGGCUGGAAGACGACACAGUGUUCCGAGUAUACCUUCCGGUUAUAUACCUACGGUACCGCAAAACAAUCCAGCUUUCCUUCCACAACUGCCAAACACGCCCGGCAAGUUCCUACCGAUGAUAGACCCCAUGUACUAUUCCGCGUUCUACAAUGGUUUAUUCCCCCCGCCGAUUCCGCCCACGGCUGCCACGUCGUUUUUACCGCCGGAAUUUAGCGCGUAUUACAAAGAAUUACUUGCUUCCUCGCAACCAAGACUGGGGAUGGCGGGGCAGCAUCAGCCAGCUGCCCCAACGUCUAAGUAGACAAAAUGGGAUCUCAAUCUAGGGUUUCCGAUGUGUGUGUAGCGAACGUCGGUUUCAAGAAUUUCUAAAGACAAAGAUCCGUCGGACUCCUCGCUUCGAAUUCUAUUUUUAAUUGAAAAAAAACUUACUCGACGGAGGAACCUUUCCUCGUUAUGUGUCAAUAAAAUAGCUAAAGACAUUCACAGCGGAUAAAUCUAAAUCACGGAUAGAGAGGAUUGUGUAUUUGCGUUAUCACGUUCUAAGGAUGAUCUUUUUCGAUGAUCGUUUAAAGGAUACACUGUCUUUUUCUGAAUAAACAUUCUAAAUAUUCGAUUGUAACGAUAUAGGAAAUAUAAUGAUACAAUACCGUUCGAAUCUAAGCAAGGGGAAGAAAAGAGAAAAUGGAAAAAAAAAAAUGACAAAGAAAGGAGAAGAGACUAAAACUAACAAGUUCGAACCACGAAUGAAGAAAUAUACGGAUGCAGUGAAAUAGGUGUGUACAUGCAUAUAUCAUGCAAUAAAUUAGGUAAUAAUUUUUUAUAUGUAAUAAUAAUAACGAGAUAACUUCAUGAUAAAUGGAAAUCGAUGAAACAACGUUUCAGUUUUAUUUUAAUUUUUAUAUUAUAUUCGAGAGGAUAUUCGAUAUUAAUUAAGGAAAACGUACUAAAACACUGUGAUAACAAUUAAAGAAAAAGAGAAAAAAAGCAAAAAAAAAGAGAGAAAAGGAAAGAAAAUAAGAGGAAUGAAAAGUAACGAACUCAAAUAUUAGAAACGUACGCAGUUGACACUUUUUCGUAUGAUAAAACGAUUUUUUUGUACGUUCGUUCUUUGCACUUUAAAUGUCUAACGGUGAAAUGAUAAGGAAUAAUCAAUCGAGAAAUUCAACGACUAUUCUACGUUUUCUUUUUUUUUUUUUUUUUUUUUUUGGUUCUUUAAGUUUCUUUUCGUUUCCGCGAGAACGAGUCUUUUUUUUUUCUUUUUUUUAAACAAGAGAUUAAUUUGAUUCACCGUCAUGAGUCCGAAAUUCCUUCAUUUCGAACGUGCGAUGUGAUAACUAAAUAAAUAUAUAAAUAAAUAAAGAAAUAUAUAUAAAUAAUAUACAUAUACAUAUGUAUAUCGUAAAUAUAUAUAUCUAUGUAUGUGUAUAUGCGAGAUCUUUAACCGACGGAUCGCCAGAAUGUAUAAUUGUUUAUUGUAAUAACAAUGAAUCUUAUGUAGUUAACGAUCGCGAGAACCCUACUCUACCGUGUAAGUUUAGACAAUUUUCAUUGUAUUGACACGUACACACGAAUCACCAUACACACUGAUCUGUAGUCAGCUCUAACAAGUAAGUGCACGCAAGCGAUGUUAUAGCAACGAGAUAUGUACAUAAUGUAUAUAAUCACGUAUUCGUUAAGCUAGAUAAAUUCCCUGCAUUAUAUCUUUCAACAUUACGUAAGACCGUUAAGAUUUAGUAAAUGUACAGGCUGUCUUAUUUGUGUGGCCAACGAUAGUCGUAUCGCUACAUAUUAUAUAUAUAAAUAUAUUCUUAUUAGGGUGCAACGCAAUAUUUUGCAGAAUAAUUCUAGAAAAUCUCUUGUACAUUGAACUAUAUGUGAGACGAAAGCGCGGAUGAGAGAGAGAGAGAGAGAGAAA